AUGUUCGGAAGUCGUCGGUGGCAGUUUAAAGCUUCUUCGGUAUCUGUGUGCAUUCUAAGAGGAUCCUUGAACUAUGCCACAAUUAUGGGAAUCAUCUGCUUCAGCAUUAAGAGCAAUGGAGGUGAUAAUCGUUUGGUGGCCCAGAAUCGAAAGUGGACAAUCCUAAUCAUUCGUGUAUGCAUAUAUGUGGCCUGUGGCGUCUACACCCUGGUGAUUCAGUUUUGCUAUGCAGAUCGAGUGGUUGAUUUGGUCAACAGUUUCUUGGGGCUUUUUCAAAGAAUACAUGCCCUGCGAGGAUCUGAGGAUGUUGGCUUUGGCCGCAAAUGGGUUCUGACUUUGCUGCUCUUAAAAGUGAUCGGUCUGAUGUAUGAGAGCUGCUACUUGAUUCCAGGGAGGAUAUCUGAUAUAAAUGUGUACUAUAUUCUGACCACAAUUUGCGAAUUAUAUAAUACGGUCAAUGCAUCCGUAAUGUUGAAUGUCUACUUUGUGGCAUACCUUAGCAUUGGCGUAAUAUACGAUCAAGUUAACGGUUAUGUGCGACACGAGCUCCGCCAGCAGCUAAACGAACUGAAGACAAUUAACGGGACACCAGCUAGUCGAAGGAAACUAAAAGCAGCUGCACAGCGCCUAGAUGAGUGUCUGGAAACUUACGACGGGAUUCCUCGAGUGGUCGACAGCUUUCAUAGACUAUUUGAGUUUCCCCUUUGUGUUGUUCUAAUGUUUAAGUUUUUGAGCAUAGGAUCGAUUGCGUUCUUCGUAAUGAAAAACCUUGGGGGCGUCAGCUUAUGGUUCAUGGUUAUUAAGAUAUUAUUGGAUAUAUUAUUGCUGACCGUGGCGGUUCACAUUGCACGCAGCAAUUCUCGAGUUAUUCGAUGGCUCAGCGUGGAGAAUUACUACAUUACCAAUAACAGAUAUUGGCAUAUGAAGCUGGAAAUGUUCCUGAGCCGUCUAAAUUAUAAAGAAUUUCGAGUGCGUCCUCUGGGUCUAUUCGAGGUAUCAAACGAGCUGAUAUUGAUCUAUAUGUCCGGUCUGGUCACCUAUCUCACCUAUAUAAUACAGUACGAUAUGCAAAGGGAAAAUCUUUAG